CCUGCCAGUCACAAUCACUCACAAUCACUCACAGUCAGUCACUUCCUUAUUACUGGACCUCCUCACUGUCAGUCACAACACCUGAAGCAAUCACCAGCAGUCUCUCUCCCACCUGAAAUCCACUCCAUUCCUUUGUUUGAAGCACAUCAGCUUCAUUCAGUGACACACAGCAGUGACUUGAACAAUGGGAUCAUCCCACAACACUCAUUCAGGUUUUCACAAGCCUGGAAACCUGAAAAUCACACCAUCAAAGAGGAAGGGAGUUCAAACUCUUGCUAAGCAUGCUGAAAGAUGGUUGAUCUCAUUUCUAGUGCUUUUUCUAAUACUCAUGCUAAUGCUAACAGGCCUUCAACUGCUUUUGGAUUUCUGGAUGCCACCCACCUGAACCAACAUUGUUCUGAACGUUGGUGAGCAACUAAUGGAAAAUGUGAUGAGCGACUGAUGAUAAUAAUGAAGCCUGUCUGCUGAACAGGUUAGGCUCCUGUGGAUGAUUUGAAUUGAUGGUGAGCUACCCUCGAAAGGACUGGAACAGUCUGAAAGAUUCACCCCUUCAACACCCCACUCAUUGGGAGGCCUCACAGCUUCAUCCCUUCCCAAUGGUGUGGUAGGACUUGGUUAGAUUUGUUCCACCUUGUUUGGAAUUGUUUGGAUUUGUUUUAUGGAUUGAUAACUUUGAUCAGCACCCCACUGGCAACAGUGGACCAACAUUCACCUGAAAUUAAGAACUGUCGAUGCGUUAUUGACACUGACCAUAGCACAUAGUCACGUUAAAUUGUUUGAAGUGUAGCUGCUUAUUGUGAUUUGAAUUGAUUGAAGGACAGGUGAAGGUUUGAUUUUCUGAUUCUGCUUUUCGGUUAUUGUUUUGUGUUUUUCCAUUAUUAUUUUGAUCAUUGUUUUGCCUUGAUGCAUUCAAGUGUUUUCUGCUGUUAUUUCUAACAGAUUACAGUAACAUAAUUUCUGUGUGCCUUGUCUUCAUUAAUCUCACACAGCUCCCGGAGCCGUACCUUUAAAUAGCCAAGCCCCUAGCCCCCCUAAUGGUAGCAUAUUUCCAUUACAGAUACUACACUAUGCAGUGCUGUUUUCCUUCUGUGUCUCAAUGAUGUGGUCCGUCAACGAAUUACAACACAAACAGGAAAAGCGUGAAUGUGAAUCUUGUCCAGUCUCUUGCAAUCAAUCUCCCACAUACACUAAGGUGUAACUUUCAAUUUACAGCAAUUGUCAUCAAAAUUUCAGUCAUAGUUUACAUCAGAACAUCCCUCCAGAGUACACUGUUACAAUGACAACACGACUGAGCAAUCUGUCUUAUCCACACACAGAGACUCAAGGACUUGUUAUUCUGAUGCCACUGACAUGUUCACUGACACAAAUAUUUACUUUUGAGAGCUGAACUUAGGAUUUUGAGCAAGAGGCUGGCUUUUGCAGGUAAUCCAUGGUGUUUUACUAUUUAUACGAAUUGUUUUGAGAAAUGCACUUACUGUUUUACAAAUGUCGAGAAUGAUUCAAGAAAUGUACCAAAGCGACUGAGGAAAAACUGUAAAAGAGAACCAGCAUUAUAAAUUCAAGAUGACAUUUAGUAGUUUGUGGGAUCUAUCCAAUAAAAUACAAAGCUGCAUCAUGAGAACAGAGUUUUUAUUGUUAACUAAGGAAUUUUAUUAAUAGGAAAGCAUGAGAGUCUACUCAGAAAUGUUUGAACUACUGGACAAGUUUCCAUUAAAAUGAAUACAAAUAUUCAUGUUCUGAAGAAGAUAGCUUUGCUGAUCCCGUGACAUUUACUGUAGCAGCCGUUCAACUUUUUUUCUUUUAAUUUAGUGACAUUUUUAUCUACCAGGUGAAUUUGCAGGACCUUUUGAUUUGCAAAGGACUUACACUGACUUCAACCCCAGUUAUUUUGAGUGAAAUACCUCAACAAAUAGAGGUCACUAUGAAAUGUAAUACCUACAUUCAUGUCUCCUUCAGAUGAUUAUUAAGCACCUUGAUCAUCAAACCUGCCACUGUUGUCCUAAUGAACAGAUGCUAGCAUAGAUCUGCUGUACGAUGAAAAUAGUAAACAUAAGAUAUGCUAAAUAUCAACGUGUCUGUAUUAUCCUUGUGAAAAUUUCACUUAAUUGAUGUCCCAAAGAUAUCAACAAUCCUAUUUAUCGUGGUAGACAUGAAGCAGGACAGAACAUCAUCAUCAAGUGCAGUUAUUUCUGGAAGAUGUCUGUCUCUCUGGAGUGUUUAUGAAGCGGUAUGCCUCAAAAUCCUUAGAAAUCUUAUUUUUUUAAAGGGCUUUUCAGCAUUUAUUAUUUUGUGGUUUCCUUUAACCAUCUUUCCUGCAGAGGUUUUCAGCGAGCUUGGAAUUUUUGGCAGCAUGACACAUUUAGUUUGGUUGUUAUUUUUAGGAAAAAAAACAUUCACCCAAAGUUUGCCCUUGAGGGAAAUGCAUGACCUUAAAUUUAUCAUUUGUGAGGGAAAGCCCCCUUUGCCGUCUGUCCAUCCUACUGAAGCCUCUUCACUCCUCUAAAAGCGUUCCCAUGUCUUUUUUUCCUCCCAGCGGAUGUUAAUAUAUCACCAGUAAGUCUGCAGCCUGACCUUUGGCUGAGACGUUUGGCUUUGAGGCGAUCUUAGUGCAGGGUCAGAGCCGAGGCAGACUCCCAGCAGCCAACAGGUGACGGCUUCAUUUUUUCACGGGAUCGCUGGCCCUGAGUUUCCAAACAGACGUUGCCACGAUGGAGCAAAUGGCUGGAAGUUGUCCUGCACCGACCCAAACUUCUGUCAAAACCUGGCUUCCCUCCAGCACAAGAGGAGCUAUCAUAGCACCCAGCUACAUCACAUCCCGUUUCCAUGGAGACGGGGUUCGCUACAAGGCCAAGCUGAUCGGGAUGGACACGGUACCGGACGUCCAGGGGGAGAAGAUGUGCUAUGAGUCCAUGAUGAAACUGAAGGGCUUGGAGGAAGCAGCUAGGAAACAGGGGAAACACAAGCAGAGAGUUUUGCUGAAAAUUUCCUACGGCGGCUUGAAAAUAGUGGAUGAGAAGACCGGGGCUGUUGUUCACGACCACGAGAAGAGUAAGAUCAAUUAUUUGACAAAAGAUGAGUCUGACCCCAGAGCGCUGGCCUACAUCUACCAGUAUACAGACGUCUCCAUGCUCUUCUACAUCAGGAUGGCCUCCCUGGCGGCUCCGGUCCUGAUUGACAUCAUGGAGAUUUGUCAGAGUGUAGACCAGGAGACGCCACAGAAACCUGUGGAGACGCCACAGGAACCUGUAGAGACACCAAAACAAAACAUUCCCUUGCUGGUUAUAAAUGAGGGUUUAGCCACUCCGGCCGAGGAACUGGAUCCUGAGAGUGUGUUCAGUCCACGACCAGAAACUCCACCAGAGCCAUCAGACCAGACCUCCUCCACGAAUGAGCUGAUGGAAGUGUUUGCCCCCCCGAUGAAGGAGCCGAUAGUCCCCACCCAGAUGUUGGAGCCUCCGGCAUCCCAAGAGAUCAGCGAACCAGAGUCUCCCCAGCCGAUGCUCUCCAACUCUCAGAUUCUCUCCAUUUUCCAAACACAGCCAGUGGGGGGCUCUCCAUACGUCUCCCCCCAAUACUCUCCCACCACUGUGCCCUGGGCCCAGCAGGGGCCUCUGGGAAACCAGUGGGCCCAACCAUAUCCCGGCAGUAUGUCAGCGUGGGCACCACCAGGCGUCGCAGCGCCCCCUGCAGGUAGUCAAGCUCAGACUCUCAGUGCAGUGACCCCUCAGCCAGGGAUCAUGAUGGGAGGGAACAUGGCGGGUUGCCCCACUCCACCCUCCCCCUUCAUGGGCACCCCGUCCCUGUAAACUCCCUCCACACUCCUGCUGGAACUACAGGCCCUCCACAGUCAGCGUCCCCCACCUCCAACAAACCCUCUGAUGGCGGCUUUUUUGACUGGGAUGUGUUCAACAUGAAUGGGAAUGUCUGAAUUUAUGCUUCUUUUUCUGUAUAUCAUUCAGCUGUGGUUCGUCCUGCAAAUGUGUUUCUAACAAGCUUGUAAUUUCAUUUACGGCCACUAAAAAUUUGCGAUUCUGAUUAGCUGGAAGAUCACAAACAGAACUAGACAACUGUGAUGCCUUUCCCAAGUAACACAUGUAACGUUGCUAUACUUUAGUACUGCAUGAGGUAAAAACAGCAGCAGUGAGGUUCAACUUGCACUCUUGGAGGUUGUCAUGUCAAAAACAAACAGAUGCUGCUCAUUGAGAAUUUAAUUUCACAUGUUUUGAAUUUGCAUGAAUCCAGACAUUCAUUCUUAUUUACAGUCAGAUAUUUCUGCUGCUUUCAAAGGAAAGAAACAUUUACUGUCUUAUUAAACUGGAAAUUAUAUGGAUUUGAUCAUUUUACAAUAGAAUAAAGCUACAGUUUAUUAUUACUUUACAACUGUAUAGUAAUAUUAAUUAAAAAAAAAACAGAUGAUAAUAAUUAGAUUUCAUUUCUCCGGAUCACUUACACUUAAGGAGUUUGCUCAUUUUUACUUCCGUCACAGGUACUCUUUGAAAUGACUUCUCUUUAUUAGGUUCCUGCAUAUUUUUAUAUUUGACAAUACUGAAUCAAUUACAGUUUGUACUAUUUUCUAAAAGUUGGCUCAAAUACUGUAUUGUGUUUUACAAGACUUUUUUUGAUCUAAAUAAAAGUUCUGAAAGAAAAAUCAUGAAGCCCCCUAUGCAAGAUUACAA